AUGACGCUCCAGGACGAGACUUUAUCCGCUCGAUUCUUCUGUGAGGAACUUGAGGAAGAUCUUACUGCACACAUACAAAAACAAGCACAAUUGAGUGUCUCCAGAGAUGAUCAAUUUCCAGUUAUUGCACAGGAAACCGUGGACCUUAUUGCACGUAACAUUGUAGGUCGGCAGACAUUGUUUGAGUCUCCAUUUGGUGCCCGUGUCUUGUGCUACGCAGACUUUACAGCCAGUAGUAAAUCUUUGCAAUGUAUUGAAGACUAUUUGAAUCAAGAAGUUAUGCCACUCUAUGGUAAUACACACACUACGACGUCUAUUACGGGGCUACAGACUACUUGUUUUCGACAUGAAGCACGGCAGAUUGUCGCACAGGCUGUGAACGCCAAGAUUACAGGACGUGGGGCCGAAGAUUGUGUAUUAUUUACGGGACAAGGAAGUACUAGUGCAGUGGUCAAGCUAGUGCAAGUGCUUGGGUUGCAUCAGUUCAAUGCCAAUGCAGCACCUGAUCAACGCCCCGUCGUUUUCGUCGGACCUUUUGAGCACCACUCCAACCUGUUGCCGUGGCGGGAAACUGCAGCAGAUAUUGUGACUAUUCCAGAAGAUAAACAUGGACAUAUGGACCUGAAGGUGCUGCAGACACAGCUGGAAGUCCACGCAGCGCGACCAUUGAAGAUCGGUGCAUUCUCAGCUGCAUCUAACUUGACAGGUGUGCUGACAGAUAUCGACGCAGUAUCGGCUCUGCUGCAUCAACAUGGUUCACUUGCGUGCUGGGACUAUGCAACGUGUGCGCCGUAUGUGGACAUUGACAUGAACCCUGUGGUGACGGACGAGAAGCGACGCCCCUUUGUGUACAAGGAUGCCGUCUUCAUCUCUGGGCACAAGUUUAUUGGUGGACCUGGCUCACCUGGUGUGCUAGUUGUCAAGAAGCGUCUCCUCACAAAUGCUGUGCCCACGGUCCCUGGAGGCGGGACUGUGUUCUUCGUCACGGAGAACGACCACCGCUAUCUGUCGAACAGAGCUGAGCGUGAGGAAGGUGGUACGCCGGAUAUUCUUGGCAGCAUUCGUUUAGGACUCGCGUUCGAGCUGAAACAGCGUGUUGGGACGAAGAAUAUCUCGACUUUGGAACGACGUAAUGUGCUGCGCGUUCGAGAGUCGCUCUUGCAGAACAAGAGUAUCGUGCUGCUGGGACGCCAAGACAACGAAGUGGAACAGAUCCCCGUGUUUUCAUUUCUUGUGCGUUUCGGUGACCGCUUUUUACACUACAACUUUGUGUGUGCGCUCCUUAACGACCUCUUUGGUAUACAGACGCGUGGUGGCUGUCAGUGCGCUGGCCCGUAUGCUAGUCGCUUGCUGGGUCUUGGUCGUCGUGAUGUAUUGGCGCUCGAAAGUGCACUUAUUGAGAAGAAGGAGAUGUUGCGUCCUGGAUUUACACGGAUGAGUUUCCCCUACUUCAUGGGCACAGCGGAGAUCGAGUACGUGCUGACAGCAGUAAACUUUGUGGCUACUGACGGCUGGAAGUUCCUGCCGCAGUAUAAGUUUGACCACAAGAGCGGUGUGUGGAAGCACUGGACUCGCUUUACUAAGUUCCCCAACCGCAAGUGGAUUUCUCACUUUGCAACAUCGCUAGAAAGCAAGGCUCGUUCCAAGAACCUCGAUGGCAAUGAUGAAACGCUAGCUGCUCACCGUACAGAAAACCUGAUUGAAGCUCGUCGAUUGGCGAACGAAGCAAGUAAGAAGAGUUUUGCUUCUCAGGUGGUAGCAAAGUCUGCAGCACAAAUGUUAGAGGAAGCGGACGAUGAGGCACUUCGAUGGUUCGUGUACCCUUCAGAGGCGGUUGAAGCUAUCAAGAAGGGAGAAAAACCCAUUAUGUCGGAGACUAUUCGGGGUCCUUACCAGCCUGCGCGUUAUACUACAGGUGAACUGAAGGACCAAUGGAAGGAUGCAUCCAUGGAUGUAUCUACUUCCAGCGGUGCGCUUGCCGCGGUCUGUGGUCUAACGACGUGCCAUUCUGUUCCGCCAAUCCCAGCUACUGUGAAUGGUAGCAACAAGUACACGAAGACGUUUGUUGCUACUAACGGCCGUGAGGCGGGAGGCAAGUACCCGCUUCGUUCGACGAGUGUCAAUGAUACCGUCGAGGCUUCAGUUGUUACGCAGACUAAUGCAAACUGUAGCUCUGGCAAUUGCGACACUGGCCGUUGCGAAGUGGGCACAGCCCCGGCAUGCAUAAUUGGCACGACUGCAGCAACGGUACAGAAAACCACGACGGCAAUCACCCAAAAGACAAUUACUACAAAGCUGUUUCCAACGCCUCCGAAGAAACUUUUACGCUGGGUGGGCCAGGCACUGAUGCAGUGGGAUAUGAUUCAAGAGGGAGAUAGAUUGCUACUAGGUGUGUCGGGUGGGAAGGAUUCACUGAGUUUGCUGCACGUGUUGCUGCGAUUCCAAAAGCGUGCUCCCGUACGCUUUGAGCUUGCUUGUGCAACAGUGGACCCACAGACCCCUUCGUUUGACCCGAGCCCACUGAAGGAGUACAUGCGCACAUUGGACGUGCCUUACUAUUACCUAUCCGAGAACAUUAUCGAACGUGCGACGUGUGAAAUGAACGGUGACUCACUCUGCAGCUACUGUUCCCGCAUGAAACGUGGUGUUCUGUACACCUGCUGUCGUACGAAUGGCUUUAACAAGCUUGUGUUGGCUCAGCAUCUCGAUGAUCUAGCAGAAAGUUUCUUCAUGUCAGCCAUGCACAAUGGCCAAUUGCGUACGAUGAAAGCAAAAUAUUGGAACGAUCAACAGGAUGUGGAAGUGCUUCGUCCAUUGGCAUAUGUACGUGAGAUUGAAUUGAAGAAAUUUGCGUAUGAUUCACGUCUACCCGUGAUCAAUGAGAACUGUCCUGCCUGUUUUGAGGAACCAAAGGAACGUCGUCGGAUUAAAAAGAUGCUCGCUCAGGAGGAAAAUUUGUACCCGGACAUGUAUAACAGUUUACGACGGGCAUUAUUGCCACUUAUGGAUAAUGCUAGUUAUGGACCGUUGGAAGCUAUACGUGCACGUGUAGAGCAGGCAAAACAAGAACGCAAACGUACUCCUUCUAGCAAACGGCAUCACACUAUUGGACUAAAGGUGAGUAUAUAG